UACAUACCAGUACAGCAAGUAACUGAAAGUGCGUGUUAUACUCAGUGACACUCCUCUUUUACCUGGAGAUGGAGCUGUCCCACCACCCACCACCUUCUUCAGCGUCCAGUGGUAAUGUUGAUGUGCUUAUAAGUCAUAUUCAAAAGGAUAGAGAAUUUGCAGACUUCCUGGCAGAUGCAUUAAAGAAAGAAGGUAUUCAUUGUGAACUUGGAGACCCAAAGAAAGCUGAUGCCCAAAGAGUAUUAGAUUGUAAGGUCCUUGUCCAGGUGCUAAGUGAAGAAGCAGCAGUGGACCACCACCUGCAAGAUGAAGUGUCUUUGGCAUACAUAUCUAAUAAAGCAGUUUUUCCUGUUGGGCUGAAGUACUAUGGAAAAAUUGCAUCCCGCCUAUCCCCUGGAAUGAAACUUAUGUUGGCCAAGAUCAAUUGGACAUUUUUUGUCACUAAAGAACAUGAGUCGGAACACCUUCCUGGCCUUAUAAGUGGAAUCAAGUUUGAAAUCGACUCGUUUAAAUCAAGACAGGAAGAGCUUGCUAGGCUGGAGGGAACGUAUAGAAUUAAUUUCAGCAGAAUGACCAGUAAAACAGAAAGUGCCAAUUCAGAGGGAGAUUCAGAAAACAUUGACUUCUGGGACAGACACUUUGCCAACCAAACUGAGGUUUCGUGGAAUGACUUCAGAGAGCGUUUUGUCAGUGACUAUGGUGAAAGAUUAAAAGAACAAUUUGGGGAUGAAAAUGAUGACAGAACCAAAUGGAUCACUCACUUGAUCUAUCAAGAUAUUUUUGAGUUAAGGAAACACAUUGCAAGAAAUGUCUAUGAUAGAUUUUGUGGCACAACAGACGUAGCCUACAAUCGCAGAGAUAUUUUCUGCAAUAGAAUGACUGAAUAUGCAGUGGCUUAUCUUGCCAUGAAAGAAGUAUUCAGUAUGGACAGCUCAGUUAGAUUGACAGCAGUCAGAAAUUUAGACUCAUUUCAUACUUCUGGUGUGAGACACAUGCUGCUAACACUUAUAAGAGAUCAAGAUCCAAAUAUGAGAGCUGUGGCAGCUCUUGCUCUGGGACGAACAGGUACUAAUGACUUUCGAGUUAUUGAUUCCCUAAUCAAAGCUCUUAAGGAUGAAGACCGUUUGGUUCGUGAGGCAACAUGCAUCUCUCUUGGAAAACUGAAAGUUAUGAAAGCCAUAGGUCUUCUGUUGGAAGUAUGGCGAAAUGAACCAAUUAAAGAUGUGCGCCAAGCAGCAGAGAAAGCUUUAAAUUUGAUGGGAGGGAAGGAUGCAGAGAAAGCUAUUAAGGUCACACAGGUUUUGAACUCAGAGAUUCAGAAGUUGAAGAUGGCCAAGAAAGCAUAAUACGAUGUGAUAAAUGAAAUGAACAAUCAGGGAACAACGAUCACAAUAUGUAUUUGAUAGUAUAAACAGAAAGUGUGCUUCAUUCAUCAAUAAUUUUAUUGAGGUAAAUUUUAGAAAAUACUAGAAACAUAAAUUGCAUUUUUAGAAUUC